CAGCACAGUGAGAGACACCCAGAGCUGCUUAAGAAAUGAAAAAAACUCUGAGAGUGUCAUAAUUGCUAGUAUCUUUCUUUACACCCCACUGUUCAGUUUCUCAUUUUCUGACUUAUCUGCCUACCUACUCAAACCAAGCAGGCCACUUCUUGUGACAUUGAAGGUCUCAGGAUCUGUACACUGUUGCAGAAAUUUCCAAGGAGAAUAUGGAACCCCUGACAGUGAUGGUGCUCAAAACAACAGACCUACUUGAAUAUCGUAGAGAAAACAAUCAAGUAAAGAACAUGUUUCAUGCUACAGUGGCUACAGCGAAACGUUAUUUCCAUGUGAAAGUUUUUAACAUCAAUUUGAAGGAGAUGUUCACACAAAAUAAUUUUAUCACCAUUUCCGAUUACUCCAAGAGCUAUGGCAUCCUAGAGAUCAAUGGCAUAUCCUCUGUGUCUGAGGCUGCUCCUGAACAAAAGAUUCAAGUCCCCAUUGGUAUUAUCAACCAGGCAAAUAAAACUCCUAAGAUCAAAGAUAUUCAAAAGGGUAGAGCUGGAAGACGGAUUUAUGGAUUGUUUACAUUACAAACGAAAACAGACAAUCCAAAGACCAUAACCUGUGAAAUAAAAGAUGAUACAGGAAUUUUAAAGAUGAUGGUGCCAAAAGAAAAAUGGGAUAACAAUUGUAAGGAAGGAGAUCAACUCCAACUCAUCUGCUUACAUCGGAGGGGAAAAAGGGAGCCAAGACACUUAAUAUUUGGAAUUCACAGUUUCAUCAAGAGGAAAGAAAAGAAGGAGCUACUAAAAGAAUCUUUUGAAGAAGAUGGCUACCACACAGAUCCCAAAAGAGUGGUGGUAUUGAAAGCUACAGAACUAUUUACUUAUGAUAGUUCAAAAAAUAAAAAGAUGUUUCAUGCCACAGUGGGUACCAAGACUGAAUUCUUCAGAGUGAUGGUCUUCAACGAAAACCUAAGGGGAAUGUUCACCCCAGGAAACGCCAUUGCUUUAUCGAACUAUGUUGGUAUCUAUGGGUCUCUGGUGAUACACGAAUAUUCCAGGGUGUCUGAAGACCAAAAUAUGGAAAGCUCAAGUUCAUCACAUGAAAGACCCAUAGAACAUCUUAAAAUUUGUGAUCUUAACUUGCAAAAAAAAGAAAUGCUUGUGGAUGGAGAGUUUAAAGUAUGCAUGAAAAGGGACAGGAAAAAUUUUAUAUUGUAUGGAAUCUUUGAUGAUACAGGAGCAAUAAAAUUGGUGGUAUCCAAACACCUGGAGAGGCCCAACUGUAAGAUUGGUGAUACAAUUAAACUUGUCUGUUUUGAAUUGACCUCAAAUGCAGAUGAAUGGUUUCUGAGAGCUACGAGCUACAGUUACCUGGAGGUCAUCAAGCAUGAAACUGAACCACAAAGUGAAUGACAAUGCCGGUGAUAAAACCACAUUCUUGAGAAUAAUUUUUAUGCAGGAUGUUUUCCUCAUGACCCUGACUAAAUCAUGGGUUGGAUCCCUCUGAAAUUUU